UUUUUUUCUUCUUUCUUUCGCUUUUGUUGGGUUUCUACCAAAUAUAAAGUACCAUUACAUCCUCUAUUACUUCUUUCAUUUACUCAGUUACAGCUAUUUCUCUAAUUUUGACCCCGCGUAUCACCUGUAUAUACACCAAUCGUGUCAAAAUGUCCGCAGAUGACCAGGUCGUUGUCCAGGAGGAAUCCCAAUUCCAGAAGCCGGGAGAUCUUGUUGAGAGAGAUGAAGAAACUGGUGUUAUGCAGAUCGAAAGUCUAUGCAUGAACUGCCAUGAUAACGGAGUUACCCGACUGCUUCUCCUUAGAGUCCCUUUCUUCCGCGACAUUAUCCUCGAAUCCUUUGAAUGCGAACACUGCCACUUCAAAGACAACUCGGUCAAGUCCGCCGGUCAGAUUCAGGAGAAGGGUGCGAAGUACACACUUGAUGUUGAGAACGAGGAUGAUCUCCAGCGCCAGGUUAUUCGGAGCGAUGUUUCCAUCUUCAAGGUUGAAUCCCUGGGUAUUGAGAUGCCUAAGGGUGAGAGCCAGCUGACUACUGUGGAGGGUGUAAUCCAGAAGAUCCAUGAAUCUCUAUCUGGUGAGCAGGAGCUGCGGAAAGAGCAGGCGCCCGAACUUCACGACGCCCUGGUCCCCAUUAUCAAUAGCCUACAGAAGAUCUUGGAUAGAGAGGGCUUCCCGUUCAGUGUGUCUCUGGAUGACCCUACUGGUAACUCUUGGAUUGCGCCCACUACUCAUGAUACGGGACGCAAGUACAGACGCAGUGAUUAUGCUCGUACCCGUGAACAGAAUGAGGAACUUGGAAUUGCUGCUGAUGAAGAAGCUAUGAAGCACGAAGCCGCUGGCAUGCCUGAGGAUCUCGACAUUGUUGAUGGAAAGGUGUACAGUCUGCCUGCUGAGUGUCCUGCUUGUUCGAAGGGUUGUGUGGUCAACAUGCAGAAGGUUGAUAUCCCGUACUUCAAGGAAGUUUUUAUCUGGAGCAAUGUCUGUGAUCACUGCGGAUACCGGUCUAGCGACGUGAAAACCGGUGGUGCAGUGCCUGACAAGGGAAAGCGCAUCACACUUAGUGUGGAGAACACUGUGGAUCUUCACCGCGACAUUCUCAAGUCUGACACCUGUGCUCUCUACAGUGACGAGCUCGAAGUCGUGGUGCAGCCUGGCACCCUAGGCGGUCGAUUCACUACCGUGGAAGGCCUUCUCACAGAAAUUCGUGACCAGCUCCGUGGUCAGAUUUACGACAUUGAUGACACCACACAAAGCGGAGGCGACAGCAUGGCGGAAUCCGAUAAAGACAAAUGGGAGCGCUUCUUCAAGCGUCUCGAUUCCGCAAUUAGCGGUGAUAUGAAAUUCGUCAUUACGCUGGAGGACCCUAUGGCCAACAGUUAUAUCCAGGAUUUGUGCGCUCCAGCUCCUGAUCGACAAAUCACCACUGAGGAAUAUACCCGUACAGAGGAGGAGGAAGAGGACCUGGGAUUGAAUGAUAUGAAGGUCACAGGUUAUGAGGAGGAUGAAGAAAGCAAAGAAACGAAGACAACUGAGGAGAAUGUCGAAAACAAGUCUUGAUCUAUCGAUACUCCAUAUAGAGAACACUACUCUCGGCAUUUUUUUUCUUCGAUUUAUGAUGUUUGAUUCUAAUGACCUUGCGUGAUACGAUAUCUUCUUGGUUUGCGUGGAGGUACCUUAUCUGAAUUCGUUGGGGGUUGAAUUUCUUUCUUCUUCUUCUUUUCUUUCUUUCUUUCGAUAUCCUUGUUUUUUUUUAUUUUUUUUUUUUUUU